CGCUGCGCCCGGGGAGCAGGAGCUUGGAGAUGGAGGCUGGCGGCCGAGCUGCAGCAGGCAUUUACCCAGUGGAUGUUUUGGAAGAUGACCCUGUGGGGUAUCGGGAAGUGGCUCUGGCUUACUCUGCCUCACUUGGGGAAGGAGCACGGCCCUCACCAGAGGUUUUCUCGCUUCCCACUGGGGAGCAGGUGAAACUUGAUGCAUCAUCUGUUCGCUUUUGCACUGUGCACCGUGAUGAACCUCGGCAUAAAAUCUUGGUCUUGGUUAAUCCCCAGGACACAAAGACAGUUGUGGCUGUUUACAUGAAGGGGUCUUGGUGGACCACCGAGGAUGUCCUAAGAACCUCUGAUCCUGCCAGAGAAGGUCUGAUGAAGGUUCAGUCAUUUGGGGAAAGGAUUGUGCUUUUCAUUCUGAACGUCGUUAUUUUUGGAAGAUUGGAGAGGAAUUUGGAUGAUGAUGACAUGUUUUUUUUACCUCACUCCGUGAAGGAGGAGGCUAAAAUUCUGUGGAGAGAUGGAGCAGCUGUUGGAUUUUACACAAUCAAAAUGAAAGGCAGCCUGUGUGGCGAUGGCACAAGUGCAUGCUACCUGCUGCCUGUCUUUGACACUGUGUUCGUCAGGAGGAGCCACCGCCGCCAGGGUCUGGGCCUGGCCAUGCUGCAGGACUUCUGCCAGACCUUCCGAGAGGAUGAGGCCCUGGGCAUCAGCUGGCCCAUCUCCCCUGCCAUGUACCAAGUCUGCAGGAAGCUCCUGGCAGCCCAUCCAGAGGAUCGGGGGCGCCUGUGGGAGGUGGAGCCCCCAGGAGCCUGGGGCCAGCGUGGCAACAUCUGGCUGAAGGUUCAGCUUCAACAGUCAAGACGUCCAGAUUUUCAUCUGGAAAAUCCCACGGAGGAUGUGACCAGUCAUGGGCAGACUUCUCAAGACGAUGGACCCAGACGGUCCACUAUUGGAGAAGACGACCAGGAGAGGAUCAGUGGAGAAGAACUGGAGAAUGAUGGAGAUAGUGCCAGGAAAGAAGCUGUGGGGUGGCUCAAGAGAGCCCGCUGGGCUGAGCUGGAAGGAAUGGAAGCUAAGAGGACAGCGGAGGACGCUGGGCUGCCCGGGGGGUCUUGGCAAAAGCACACGCGGCCCAGCUCCUAACCCCUGACUCGCAGAGGCCCAGCUGAGUCUGUUGAGAGCCCACCUGGACCCACAGGGAUGUGGGUUCGAGAGCUGCCUGUCACUCCACGCUCCUGUGGCCUGGAGCUGGCCUCUGUCCUUGCCGUGUCCUUGAAGGAGCAAAUGACUGCACAGACCACCCUCUCUACCUCAGCCUGGAUGUGUGGGCUCAGGCAAUGGGAAUUCUGAGACAGUAGUUCAUGUAAUCCCAACAUGCUGGGAAUCACUUUCCCAAGCUCAGAUUUCAGAAGCCCAUUCCUUAAACCUAAUACAGUUUCUAUUACUCAGGGUUGGAUUUGUCAAGACUGCACUGGAGGAGUUCCCAUCAUGGCUCAGUGGUUAAUGAACCCAACUAGCAUCCAUGAGGCCUCUCUCAGUGGGUUAAGGACCCAGCGUUGCCGUGAGCUGUGGUGCAGGUCACAGACGCGGCUCAAAUCCUGUGUUGCUGUGGCUGUGGUGUAGGCUGGCAGCUGCAGCUCCUCUUCAGCCCUUAGCCUGGGAACUUCUGUAUACCAUGGUAUGGCCCUAAAAGGACAAAAAGACCAAAAAAACAAACAAACAAACAAACAAAAAACUACACUGGAACCACAUGAAGAUGCCUCUUUAGCACAAGGAAGUGAAGCCAGGCCUAGUCCUGUCCACGUAGCAGAAAAUCCCUCCUGGGUUUGCCCACCACAACCUGGCCCUACAAGCGAGACCCCAGAUACCAGAUGGGUUUCUAAGGACAUACACUUCCUUUGUGGAGAAGCAUCAGUGCCGUGGGAAGCUCCCUGAGGGAGGGCCAGGCUGCUGGCUGCCCACCCUGGGCCUCUGGCUCCUGUCUGGCUGACACAUGGGAGGCCUCAGGGCAGCUCCAGGCAAACGCCAGCAUCAACUAGCAUCUAAUUCACAAGGGAAGCCACCAGAGGGGGUUUUGGGCUGAUGGUCCUGCUGGAAUAUUGGUGCCUUCAGGGGACAGGCCUGCACUAAUAAAGGUGACCAUGAAGCUAACUACUGGGCCUGCAUGUGACAGUGGCCUCCACUUUCUACAAACCUACACAGCUCUGCUAGGGGCAGGUGCUCGGCCGCUGUUGGGGUUCUGGAGCUGAGCCAGGGACUCUCCCCUCCAGACGCCACUGAGUACGGGAGAGGCUGGAAGUGGCCAGUGCUGCUGGCCCUUCAUGGGAAAGUCCAGUGCAGCCCUCUUCGUGAGGCCCCAGAGCCCAUCUCCCGGAGGUUGGGGUAGACGCUGUGUGUAGUCGGCUCAGCCUCCCCUUUGGUCAGUAGGCUUCUUUCCAGGCAAUCCGGUCAGGUCAUCUUGGGGCAAGCAACCCAAGUGUCAGCCCUAAUGUCUGGGGGGAAUGCACAUCUGAUUGUAUCGCUGAAGGUACCCCUGCUCCUUCUGUGGCUUAACACCGUCUUUGGAGCCUUCAGGGCUGGUCACAGAGGGCCUGCUGACUCUGCUCCAACCUCUGGGCAUGCCUGCUUUGCCUUCUGGCCCCCAGCCACCAGGCUUCCCCAUCCUGACACAUCAGGGUCUGCCAGGGUGUGUACCUUUUCCCCCUCCCUCCUGCACACACAUGUGUGCACACACACCUGCACGCAUGUCAGGUUCGUUCUUGCUCAUAUGUCUGGUCUUGGCUCAGAUCCCUUCCUGACCACCACUGCUUCAGGUGGCCUUCCCAGGUGGCCUCCAGGUACCAGUCACUUGCUGGGACUCCACGGCCUCCACCAGGUUCAGCUUGGGUCUGCUUAGUUGCCUCUUGUGUCCCCAGUGCAGAGCUGGCCCCUAGUAACUGGGGGGAGGGAUGGAUGGUCACAGGUCACCUUAGGAGAGAGAGUGACAUCUGCCUUCUGUUCCUCUGCUGCUAGGCUCUGGAGAGGUGGAUGGAAAGACAGUUUUAGAUUUUAGGGAUAUGGUGAAGCUGGUUCUGGAGCCUUGGAAUGGGGAGGAGACCACCAGUGCCAAGCGCUGGCAAGAUACUCCCCUGCUGCUGCCCUGGUAGUCUGAGGGCAUGUGUGGCAGGACCUCUGUUAUCUCUUUACUUAUCCAUCCAUCCAACCAUCCACUUGUCCAUCUCCCUGUCCCUCUUUUUCUCUCUCUACAUCUCUCCACUCAUCUCAUCUGUCCAUCCAUCCAUCUGUCCAUCUACUCACCCACCCAUCCAUUUCUACCAUUCUCUCUCUUCCUCCAUCUGUCCACCCAUUUACCUAUCCACCCACUUGUCUUUCCAUCCAUCCAUCCAUCCAUCCAUCCAUCCAUCCAUCCAUCCAUCCUGUUGUACAACACACAUUGUGUGCUUGCUCAGGGCCAAGCCCUUUGCUGGGCACAGGGCAUGUACAGAUAAGUGAGGCAUGGACCCUGGGUUCAAGGUAGCUGUUCUUAGGAAGGGUCUCUCCUGGAGUCUUUCAGUGCAUUUGUCUCCGUUACACCUUUUAAAAAGAGAGACAUGCCCAAUUGAAUAGAAAGAGAGUUUAGAGCCCCACAUGGAGACUCAUGCUGUCCCAGUGCAUGUAGGUUCUCUGGGAAGGAGGCCCAACCUUACACAUGGAGCCAGGUUGGGGUGGUGGUGGGUGGGGGGUGGGGAGGAAUGUGAUAUGAGAUGUAACCUUUAGAUGUGAGCUGUGAACAUUUUCCUGUUUGAGAUAAAUCAUUGGUGCUUUGUGUUUACGUGGAAGUGGACGGAUCUAAAUGCCUCAGGGGUUUGAUGAAGUUAUUGUUCAAUAAAAGAAUCCUGCCAAGAAA